CCGUUCCUCCGGGUGAAGACUCAGUUCACAUCAGGGUGACGGUCCACACCGAGCUGGAGGACAAGUCCUGCUGUCUUUACCGAGUCGCAGUGAGGUCGGACUUAAUUCUCCCGGAUUUAAUCUGAACUGACGGUCAGACAGACGGUUAAUAAACGUGAGGAGAACAGCAGCUGGUCAAGACACAGAAUGGCUGCACUGCGUCAUCUGAGGCAGUGCCACUCCUCGGGCAUUGCUAUCUCUCAUUUUCACACGAGCAGCUGUGCCUCUGCCAAACAGCACUACAAAAUGCUUGUCCUCGGAGGAGGAAGUGGGGGCAUUUCAAUGAGUGCAAGGAUGAAGAGGAUGAUGGGGGCUGAGAACGUGGCCGUUGUGGAGCCCAGUGAGAUGCACUACUAUCAGCCAAUAUGGACCCUGGUUGGUGCUGGUGCAAAAAGUUUGACCUCAUCAGGUCGUUCCACUGCCAGUGUUAUGCCCUCUGGAGUGAAGUGGGUGAAAUCUAAAGUUCAGGAAAUAAACCCAGACACAAAUACUGUCCGCACAGACGAUGGGACCGAAAUCACCUACGAGUAUUUGAUCGUGGCUCUUGGUUUACAACUCCAUUAUGAGAAGAUUAAAGGACUGCCCGAAGGAUUUGAACAUCCAAAGAUCGGGUCAAACUACUCGGUCCAAACUGUGGAGAAAACAUGGAAAGCACUGCAGGAUUUCAAAGAGGGCAACGCUGUGUUCACGUUCCCAAAUACUCCUGUGAAAUGUGCCGGAGCUCCACAGAAGAUCAUGUAUCUGUCAGACGCCUUUCUCAGAAAAACAGGAAAAAGGGCAAAGGCUAAAAUAAUAUACAACACAUCGCUGCCUGUGCUCUUCGGGAUCAAGAAGUAUGCUGACUCAUUGUGGGACAUUGUGAAACAGCGUGACCUGCAAGUGAAUCUGAGGCAAAACCUAAUUGAAGUGCGGGCGGACAAGCAAGAAGCUGUGUUUGAAAAUCUUGACAAACCAGGCGAAACCAACGUGAUUAAGUAUGAAAUGCUUCAUGUCACGCCACCAAUGGGACCCAGUUUGGUGAUUAAAGGCGGUCCAUUGGCGAAUGAGGCUGGCUGGUUGGACGUCAACAAAGACAACCUCCAACAUAACAGGUAUCCAAAUGUGUUUGGGAUCGGAGACUGCACCAGCCUGCCUACAGCCAAAACAGGCGCUGCUGUCGCUGCACAGACCGCCAUCUUGAACAGAACCAUCAGCAAAGUCCUGAAAAACGAGAAGCCAGACAAGACGUAUGAUGGCUACACCUCGUGUCCGUUGGUUACCAGCUACAACACGGUGAUUCUGGCAGAGUUUGAUUACAACGGACAACCACUGGAAACAUUUCCGAUCAACCAAGCCAAAGAACGAAGAAUCAUGUACCACAUGAAAGCUGAUGUGAUGCCUCACCUCUACUGGCAUGGGCUUCUACGGGGCCUGUGGGGUGGACCAGGACCAUACAGGAAACUCUUCCAUCUUGGGAUGAAAUGAAGCCUCACCAUCAGUUUGUAAGUUAGUUCCCUACACGUUUAGGGGAAGAAGUAGCACAUUAAAUCCAUCAUUCUCGAAAAGGGUGAACACAUGUAAUGGCUAGUGUUGUGGCCUGGACAUCAUGAUUAAUCACUACAAGUUCUCGUGAAUUUAAAUAUCUAAGUUUAGUUAAAUCUGCAGUAAGUGGUGCAUUGAUAUUACCAUGGAAUAAAAGGACUUCCUGUUAUGCGAGAGAGUAGAGAACAUUGAUAACCAACGCUCAACUCUGCAGUUCUAUGUAUCUUUUAGCUGCUAUAAGUCAAUCUUUCAGUUCUUUUGCGGCACAUUGAAUGUAAAGUCUUGCUGCUGCCAUUAACCAGCAAUGAAAUUUCAUUAUCCAACCAGCAAUGUGAAUUCAUAGGAGCCCUGAACAAAGGUUAAGAGAGCAUUCUUUGAUUCGCAACCCUAGGUCAACCAGUGUACUUUUAUAAGCCUGCAGGUUUCACCCACAACCUAACGGAAGUUAGCCAGACUCCACCAAAGUUUAUUCCACUUCUUGCUGCAGAUUAGUUCAGUGGUUCCCAACCUUUUUCCUUAAGGGACCCCUGGUAAAUAUGGCUUACUUUCAAGACAAAGAGGUUAUUUUGUGGUUCAGAGCCUCCAUUAGCAUCUACUAUGGACCUCAUUCAGUUAUAUGCCAGUGGUAUCAUUGAAUAAACUGACAACCCCUGACUAAGUGACAUAUUUUAUGGAUAUUAAAUAUUAUAUUCAAUGCAUAACAAUAAUGGUACAGAACAACUGAUACACUAUACAUAAUAAACUUACUCACUUUGGCCUUUUUUUUAAAUGUUCACAUAGUGUAAAUGAACAAUCAAAAAUGUAUAUGUUUUGGUACAAUUACAUGAUCAUUUGUUUUUGCAGGAUAUUGGAUGGACUCUGCAGCUGUAAUCAUUGUGUUGACAGUAGUCAUUAAUUACAGUAUACAAAUAUGGUAUUUCAGAUUGCUACACUAAAAAUGGUGUAUAUUGGUGGAA